AUGUCCAUAUUACAUGCGAUAUCCAGAACAUCUGCCAUUUCUGUCAAAGUCUGCUGUUAUUUUCCGGGAGUGUUUUGAUCCUAUUGUAGCAAGAUCUGGUCGUGAUUUGAUUCCUGUUAUGGUGUAUGGAAGAAACAUUUCUGGUCAAGAGUUUGGAGGAAUGUACUGUGUAGUUUUAAUUGUGAGGUCUAUUGUUGUAUCAGCUGGUCUUCUUAGGAUAUUUGGUCGUGAGGUAGCCGAGCUUCCCAUAGUGGCGACAACUAGAGAACACCAAGGGAAAGGCUAUUUCCAAGUAUUAUUUUCAUGUAUAGAGAAGUUAUUGGUUUCCCUGAAUGUGGAAAACAUUGUGCUUCCUGCUGCUGAGGAAGUAGAGUCAAUCUGGACAAACAAGUUUUGAUUCACAAAGAUGAGUGAU